AUGAAGGCUGCGGAAGUUCCAGAAGAUUUUCCUUUUACGAUUCAAGAUUUACCUGGAUGGAGAACGGUGGUGCUUGAGAGGAAAUUCCAAGGAGAAAAUGUCACUGUUCUAGUUGACAUUCCUACCUCUGCAGCAGAUCAUACCCACGAUGACAAUGCUGAUAAAGAACCUAGUGUGCCUUGGGCUAUAAUUGCGUCAAAAGAAAAAGGCUCGUUGUUGCAUGUUAAAGGGAGAUUUUUUCCUGGCAGGAUUUCUGUGGAAGAGUUACUAGUCAACAAAAUCGGUGAUUCGGACAAUGGGGUUCGAUACGCUGGGCCUAAUUUCUUGAAACUGGAUGAAAGUGUUCAGCAUGCUAUCUAUGAUUACCUUGAGGCCAGAGGUAUGACAUCCAACACAGCCGAUUUCGUUAUCCACUACAUGUUGGGAAAGGAUGCCAAUGAGUACUUACGGUGGUUGCGAAAGCUGAAGGUGUUGAUUGAAUAG